ACACCACUUUCUACUUGUUUAGCAAACGCGUUCGUACCCGACCCCUCCCUGGCAGACGCAAUGGACGAUCCCAAUUACGACGAGUUUGGCAAUUACAUUGGACCGGACCUGGGCUCCUCGUCCGAGGUCGAGCAGGCCGAGCCUGCGGCAGGCAUGCCGGGCGAGCAAGGCUCUGACGAUGACGCCGAUGCCGACGAGUCAAAUCGGCAUAUGAUGAUCCAGCGCAUCUACUACCCGGAGGCCGAGGAAGUGUACGGUCCCGACGUCGAGGCGCUGCCGUUGACAGAGCCGAUCAUUGCGCCGCUCAAGACACGCAAGUUCCAGGUGGCCGAGGAAGACGAGCUGCCCGACACCGCAUAUACGAAGGAGUUCCUGGUUGAUCUGCAAGGGUACCCGGCCAUGAUCCGCAAUGUGGUGGUCGCCGGGCACCUGCACCACGGCAAAACGUCGAUGGUAGACCUUUUGGUGGCCUCGACACACGAGUGGAAGGACUGGGAUACCGCUACACCGCGGGCAACACCGACGGCCAAAAUGGCGAAGCCCAACGACAAGGCGUUUGGAUACACGGAUGUGCAUCAGCUUGAGCGGCGGCGCAUGAUCAGUCUAAAGUCGAUGCCAGUAUCUCUAGUGGCCCAAAACACCAAGGGGAAGAGCCUGGCGCUGAAUAUCAUGGACUCGCCUGGCCAUGUCAACUUUAUCGACGAGGUGGUGGCGGCAAUGCGGCUCUCAGACGGCGUGGUGCUGGUGGUCGAUGUAGUCGAGGGCGUGAUGACCAACACAGAGCGCAUUAUCCAGCUGGCGGUGCGCGAGCAGCUCCCAAUCACGCUGGUGGUCAACAAGGUGGACCGACUGAUGCUGGAGCUCAAGCUGCCGCCAGCCGACGCGUACUACAAGCUGAAGCUGACGAUCGAGGAGGUCAACAAGGCGAUUGCCGCCUGCCCGCUAGCCAAGCCCGAGAUGCGCGUGUCGCCAGAGCUGGGGAACGUAUGUUUUGCGUCGUCGUCCUACGGCUGGUGCUUCUCUCUCGAAUCGUUUGCGCAGCAGUAUGUAGCGAAAUGGGAUAUGCCAGUGCGGGCACGCGACUUGGCCAAGCGCCUGUGGGGCGACGUGUACUACCACCCGCAGCGGCGCACUUUUAUGCGCAAGCAGAACGCAGCACAUGGCAAGGAGGCGAAGCGGUCGUUCCUGCACUUUAUCUUGGAGCCGCUGUAUAAGGUGUUUGCCCAGGUUGUCGGCGAGGACGAGCCUGCCCUGCGGCCAGUGGUCGAGUCGCUGGGGAUCAAGCUACGAAAAGAGGACUACGCACUGGACGUGCACGACCUGCUGCGGCGGGUCAUGACGCAGUUCUUUGGUCCGCCGACCGGACUCGUCGACAUGUGCGAGACACACAUCCCAUCGCCAGCAGCAAAUGCCGAGCGCAAGACAAUGUCGCUGUACACAGGCCAGAUGGAUACAGAGACAGCACAGGCGAUGCGGCAGUGCGACGCCAAUGGGCCACUGGUAAUUGCUGUGGCCAAGCAGUACCCGUCGUCCGAUGCCUCGCAGUUCUUUGCCCUGGGCCGCAUCUUCAGCGGGCAUGUCAGCGUGGGCCAGAACGUGCGUGUGCUUGGCGAGGGCUACUCGCCUGGCGACGAUGAAGACAUGGCCAUAGCCACCGUGACUGACGCAUGGGUGUACUGCUCGCGCUACAAGAUCCCGGUGUCAGGGCUUGGCGCCGGCAGCUGGGUCCUGCUGGGCGGAGUUGACGGGCCGAUUAGCAAGACUGCGACCAUUGUCGAUACGUCGGUGCCUGAAGACGACCUGGCGGUUAUCCGGCCGCUGCAGUUCCCCUCGGAUCCCGUGAUGAAGGUAGCCGUGGAGCCCGUAAACCCGUCGGAGCUGCCCAAGAUGCUCAGUGGCCUGCGCAAGAUUGGCAAAUCGUACCCACUGGUGCAGACACGCGUCGAGGAGAGCGGCGAGCACAUUGUGCUGGGCAGCGGCGAGUUGUACCUGGACUGCAUCAUGCACGACCUGCGGACAAUGUACAGUGAGAUCGAGAUCAAGGUCGCUGACCCGGUGGUGGCCUUCCGCGAGACCGUCUCGGAGACCUCGGCGAUCAAGCCCAUGGAGCAGGGGAUUGCCGAGGACAUCGAGUCGGGCAAGGUUUCGCUGCAGUGGCCAGCGCGCCAGGUCGGCCAGUUCUUUGAGGCCAACUACGGCUGGGACAUCCUGGCCGGGCGCUCGAUCUGGGCAUUUGGACCGGGUCCCCAGGGCCCAAACAUGCUGUCUGACGACACGCUACCGGGAGAGACAGACAAGGCCCUACUGCGCAGCGUGCGCGACUCGGUCAAGCAGGGCUUCCAGUGGGCAGCGCGCGAAGGCCCGCUGUGCGAUGAGCCGAUGCGCAACACGCGGUUCCGCAUCCUCUCGGUGGACCUGGCCAGCGCCGCCAUCCACCGCGGCGGCGGCCAGCUGAUCCCGGCAGCGCGGCGUGUCUGCUACUCGAGCUUUUUGACAUCUGAGCCGCGGCUCAUGGAGCCCAUCGAGCAUGUCGAGAUCCAGGCGCCUGCUGACUGCGUCUCGGCUGUCUACACGGUUCUGGGCCGCCGGCGCGGCCACGUCACCCACGACGCGCCCAAGCCCGGGUCGCCCAUGUACACGAUCAAGGCGAUGCUGCCAACGAUUGACUCGUUCGGGUUCGAGACCGACCUGCGCACAUACACCAACGGGCAGGCGUUCUGCCAGCAGUUCUUUGACCACUGGCAGGUUGUGCCCGGAGAGCCGCUUGACAAGGAGAUUGUGCUGCGGCCCCUGGAGCCGUCGUCGGCGCAGCAGCUAGCCAGGGACUUUAUGCUCAAGACCCGACGCCGCAAGGGACUCAGCGACGAUGUGUCGAUUGACAAGUUCAUUGAUGAUCCGACACUGAGGGAUUUGGUAAAAAGCUUAUAUUGAAAACACUCAAGGAAUUCCGAAUAACAGCAUCUCUUAGUUUUCGU